AUGGCUCUCAGUGGUAGCGGUAAAGCUAUUACACAUCACUAUAGAACCAGUGAUGGUGGAGAAGUUCAUGAAACCAAAACAACAACUACUUCAACCACUACAACUAAAUCUGGUAUUCGAACAGUUGGAAGUAAGAUUACUAAAAAACAAAGUUCGGCAAGAAUAACAAAUGUUAGUAGUGGUGGUAGGGUAAUCUUUUAA